UCAAGACGUUUGUAUGGGAUUUUAAACUUUCUUAAAACAAAAAAAAAAUAAAAAAUAUUUUAUAAAUUACGAAAAGACCAACCAACAACAAUUUUUUAACGACACAAAGAAAUUAUAAGAAACUUGUCAAUGAAUUUGAAAUUUUGAUUAAAGAAUUUUUGUGUGGCAGACAAGUGAAAAUAAGAAAUUUUGUAUAUUUUACAAAAAUAAUAAUAAAAAUAAUUAAAAAACAGCUAAUAAUAAUUUAAGCUAAUGUCUUCAUCAGGAGCUUCCAAAAAGAAUUAUACCGAACAUAGUGGUGAACCUGGCUGUGCCACCUCAGGUGAAGUUAAAAAAUUCUUUAGACAUUUCUGGGAUCCCACAUCAUAUUGGGAAUGCGAGGAGCAAGGUAAACCGGCGGCACUUAAACGUUGCGGUGCCUCCGAAUUGUAUUCGGACAAACAUGGGAAAUGUGUUCACUACAGGGAAUGGGAAUGGACUGAACCUACAGAGCCACCAAGUCGCCCAAAGACUCAAUAAAAUAAUUUAGUUAAAAGUUAAAAUACGUCUUAAAAAGUAAUUAAUUAAAUAAAUAAAACUAUAGGAAAA